AUGCCCCGGCUCCUCUUCAUCGCCUCCAUCGGCAACAAAGCACCCCUCCGCCGAACCCGUCAUUCAGCAGGCCACCUCCUCCUAGACGCAGUAGCUCCCCUUCUCCCAAAAUCCCUCCCAGACACAGACUUCCACCAAACAUGGUACAGCCCAACCUACAUGAACGUAACGGGGCCGAAACUCGUGCGCGCCCUUGAGCAAUGGGCAGUCUCCCAGAACGAAAUUCUUCAAGCGAAAGGGAUCUCUCCACCUUCUACAGGUACUUCUCCAACAUCAACCGACGCAAACACAUCCUUCCCCACAACACUUGUCAUUCUCCACGACGAACUCGAAUCCCCACUCGGUAAAGUCCGCAUUAAACGUGGUGGACCUGAGUCUGCUAGUUUGCGUGGGCACCGCGGGUUGAUUAGUAUCUGUGAGACGUUGCGCGGGAAGGGAUUGUACCCUGCGCGCCGUGGUGCGAAGAUCGAUUUGUCGAUUCUGAGGAUUGGGGUUGGGAUUGGGAGGCCUGAUAGUCGGGAGAAGAAUGCUGUGUCGGAUUAUGUGCUCGCGAAUGUUUCGUCGGCUGAAUUGGCGGCUUAUCAUCGGGCUGCGGAGCCUGUUGUGAAGGUUUUGGCCGAGGAGCUUUAUCGGGUUUAG